CCUCCCCCUUUCCAAUCACAUGUUCCUCCCCAAAACGUUAAAAAACAAAAAACCCAAAAAAAUUCAAGUAUAUAAGAAGAUCCCGUCGGAGGUUCGAGAUUUUUACUUGGUGAAAAUCAGUCUCGCCAUAAUAUUUCAGAUUGGCCGAUGAAAUGCAGCCCGCAUGUGCACAAGUCUCGGCCAAAAGCAUCCUGACGGGAGCAUUAAAACCCAAAAUGUUAUAAAACACAUGUGGAUUGCUAGUAACCAUGCCAAGGAAGAACGGACCGCGUCCAGGCCCAAGACCAAGACCGCGUCCAAGAAGGAGAGAGAGGCGGCCAAAGAUUAGGCCGACUCUAGUUUAGGAGUUUCCUUUUCUCUUCAUGUUUAUCUAUAAGAGGUUUUCCUUUUUACUUUAGGAUAAGGAUUUGUACUCUUUCCUUUUAUCCAUAUCUUGUAAUCCCCUAUAUAAGGGAACACUUUGAUUACUGAAUAAUAUACACGAUUCCCCCAUCUUUUACAACACGUUAUCAGCACGAUAGCCUCUAAAUCCCUUAGACCUAAAUCGAUACCUAAAAGCCUAUAACCGGCGACUCAAAGCAAAAACCCUAGACGUUCUCCAUUGUUCUAAAAGCUUGACAUCCUCAAGACCGAACGUCCUCAGUUUCCUGAUCGCGUACUCAGCUCGCACACGAGAAGAACGCAUCCGUCCAGCAAACAGCUCGCAGCUCGCGUCCGUCCCCAGCUCGCGUCCGACUACAUCCGCGACCCGAUAGGAGGCAGCAAGCGUUCUUUCUCCUCAGCUCGAAGUUUCAUCCAUUCUCGGGAGGUCCGGUUCUAUACCUCUACAAAACAAAGGUAUGAACAUAAUCUGAGAACAUAGAAUAAGAUGAAAACCCUAAUCCAUCAUUAUGGAAAUCUUAUUCUUGAUGAAACUCUAAAAGCAACUAGAAGAUUAAAAUCGACAAAGUCUUAAAACUAGAAAGCUAAACGAUUCCAAACUAGAACUUGUUUGUAUGUUGAUUGAUUAAAUCUGAAACCUGACAAACCCUAAUGAAGGAAUCGAAACCCUAAACCCUAAAGCUAGAAUCCGAUUUUAAGUUGAUAUUGCUUGAUUGAUUGCUUGCUUUGAUUUGAGGUUUAGGAAUGUUAGAUUGUUCUUUUCGAAAUAAUCUAACUAAGAACACAAAAUACUUAAGGCCUUGAAACCUUAACAUAAGGUUGAUAAAGAAUUCAAAGAUUGGAAACCCUAGGUGUUAUGAAAAGAAGUAAGAUAAGGUAGAUUGCUUUACAUGAAUCCGAACAUUGUAUUGCAUUCAUAAUUAAUUGAAACAAGAUCGACCAGCAUAUAGAUCAUACGAGUUUAGGUUGUUAGAAAACCUAUAGAACCGUGUGGUUCAUGAUUGAUAGCACCAUGGUCGUUUAGAAUUGUUUUGAACAUCAUAAAUGCGUAAGACAUGUUUUGGCCGAGCUUGCUUAUAUCAUGCGGCCACGUGAUCAUAUUGUGAACCUAAUACCUUAUAUGAUAAUAUGAUUCAGAUGUCGAAAAUAGCAAACAGAGACUAUGCAGCCCUUAAUCUCUGCGGAGACAAUUACUUGCAGUGGGCACUAGACACAAGGAUUAGUCUAAAGUCCAAGGGACUCGGUGAUACUAUCACCGAAGACAACAAUGAGAAUGAAAAGAACCGAUACAGAGCCUUAGGCCUUAUGCGUCAUCAUCUCAUUGAUGGUCUUAAAGAUCAGUACAUGACAAUUGAGAAUCCACUAGAUCUUUGGAAAGCUUUAAAGAAUAGAUAUGAUCACCACAGGAUGGUGUUGCUUCCAAAGGCAAGGCACGAUUGGAUGCAUCUAAGAUUCUUAGACUAUAAGUCAGUGGAUGAUUACAACUCAGCUCUAUUCAAGAUUGUCUCAAUACUAAAGCUUUGUGGUGAAGAAGUAACCGAUAGCAUGAUGCUUGAAAAGACCUAUACGACUUUCAAUCAGUCGAAUUCUGUGUUGCAAGAGAAAUACAGGACAAAGGGCUUUGCCACAUAUACUGAUCUGAUCUCAUGUCUACUCUUGGCCGAGGCAAACAAUGAACUCCUACUAAAGAGUAAUGGAGUUAGACCGGCCGGGACAGCACCACUACCCGAAGCCCAUGAGGUUGAAAAGAAAGAUCCCAAUGAGACCUAUUUCUUCCAAGACAACAAGAAACCAUACGGCAAUAGCCGUGGUGGAUUCAAGAGGCGUGGACAUGACAACUCAAACGGCCGAGACGGCUACUCAACUGGCCGGAAAGGAAACCACAAUAACCGUGGUCGUGGUUCCAAUUACGGCCGGGGUCGAGGCAGCUACGGCCGCGGACGAGGUGGCAUAUCCAAACCAUCUUACACGUCCAACAAGUCUGUAUGCCACAGAUGCGGGAGUGACAACCAUUGGGCUAAGAACUGUAGAACUCCGAAACACUUGUGCAACCUCUACCAAGAGAGCCUCAAGAACGAGAAUCCGGAGGCAAACAUGAUCCAAGAAAACGUCCAUGAGGACAAGGGAUAUGGGUAUGAUGCUGACAAUGAAUCCGACAAGGACAACCAAGAUGACCUAAUGGAUUUUGAGACAUCCGAUUGUCUCAAGGACUAGUUUUCGAAUCACAUUGUCUUAUUGCUUUAUGUUUUUGAUUUGGUGUUUUUAUUUUAUGUAAUGGCAUUUUAA